AUCUCCUCUUCAACGACCUUCUGUAUCUUUCAUUGACGAGUCUGCGGUCACUCUGGCGUUCCAUUGGGAGGCCGGAGUCUAGUCGAUCGUCUUCCACAGCCACUCCGCAUUGUCGUGGACGAAGGGUGGCGCUGACACUGUUCGGUCGAUGAACUGUCCAACUCCGAAGGCUACCAGGCGUCUUCUUGACGGAGCAUUCUUCCUAAGGGCUUCUAUCCUCGUUACAUGAUUCAGUUCACUUCGCCGUGAUUUAUCCUGCCGUCAAUCUAGGUUCCCUUCUUUCAGCCUGCCAGCGAACCUCGUCCGGCUUCCCGGCCCGGCAGCAUCGAUCACUACUCCCACUCGUCCUCGUCCUCCAUCACCAUCCAUCUCCGCAAUGUCCUGGUGGCGCCGUGACCCCUCGCUCUGGACCCGCUCGCCCAUCCACCGCUACGCACGCCGGCAGCUCCGCGACUACGAAGCCGCCCUCCGCGCGCGCUGCUUCUCCAAGUCGAACCUGAACGCCGCCCAACACAAAGACGAUGAACAUGAUGGGGAGAAGCCAGCGGGCAUGUCCAACUUGGAGUGGAUGCAGCUGCAGCGCUACAGGCGGUGGAAGAGGAGGUUUGAGGAGGAUCCGUAUAGAGCCCUGUUUGGCGCGAGUGAGGAUAUGCUGAAUGGGAGGGGCUUGAGGGAUUGGAAUAAGGAGUGGAUUUGGAAGACGUUUCCCCGCUGGAUGGUGAGGGAGAUGGGGGUGGAGGGUGAGGGGAAGGAGGAUGGAAAGGCGAGCUCGAAGGGCAAGAAGGAGGGCUCUUCGAAGCCUUCUGAGGAAGCUAAAUCUUUGACUGAGAAGGCAAAAACCAGCGACACGAUUUAUCCAAGAAAGAUUGAAAUAGAUCCGGAUAUGGCGCCGCAAGAGCGGGAGCACAUGUUCCCUCAACCGUCGAUCAGAACGACAGCGAAGUUGGAAAGAGAUCUGUGGACGUCCGGCGUGAUGUCUCCGUCGGACUCGCGGCGGCCGCCCGAGCAACCUGCUACAGAGCAACCCAGCAAAACUACGAACUACACCACACCUCCGAGCAAAGAUACAUUGGGUGGGCAGGAAGUGAACUGGACCCCAAAGGAAGCGAAAGCGCAGGAGUUCACCCCAGCUGAGGACUCGUAUCGUGUAAGCAAGAUCACACCUGACUCAGCCCCUACGAAUAUGAAUAGCAGCGAGGCAAACAAGGAGGCUGCUGCUCGAGAGACCUCGUUCAUCGAAGAGUUCCUAGCGGACAAACCUCAGCCGCGAGAGGCUGCCUCCAGCGAGAAGGCGAGGAGCGAUGAUUGGAAACAGACUGUGCUCGAUAGAAGAGCGGCCUUUGACUUCGUGCCAAAGCUUAGGAGAAGGACUGAUGUGCCGGUUAUCGAUGUCACGGCGAAGAGAUUGUCUGAUAUGAGUCCAGGCUCUAUCUUCGAGGUUGCGGAAGAAACAACAAAGACUAAAGAGAGGUUCCGGCCUGCUAUGGAGAAGCGUGGAGGGUCGAUGGGGCCUCCAGCCGCCGACAGCAAAGUGGGAGACGACUGGCUUGUACAUUCGGAGAAGUCUAUCGAGGUAGAACAACCUAAGUCGGAGGAGCUCGAGACACCUCCCCCUCGAAGAUCAACUGCAAAGAUCCUCGAACAACUGCCAAAAGAUGACAUGGACUUUCUCAGUGCGGACGAGAUUCGUGCAAAUAUGGGCCGGAUUAGGAGUCCUCGGGAAGAUAAGGAGGAACGGCAAAAGCUCGAGAAGGACUUCAAGGACGCGCAUAAGGAGUGGCAGCUUGAUCCUUUAGUGGGGGCUAAGAUUUUCAAUGAUCAACAUAUCCGCCGGAAGGAACGAGAGUUGCUGCAAGCGCAGGCACAGGAGCAGGAGCAGGCGAAAGCUGUGCAGCAAGAAGAACCGGAAGCGAUGGUCCCUCCGCGAGAAGAACAGAUCGGAGCGAAAUCACCGAAAGAAGUUUCGGUUCUCGAAACUAGCCUUGACUUCAUGUCGAGGUGGCUCCAGACCGGUGGAGAUGUUUUCGCUCGGCACUUCUGGCAAGACCCGGUUGCGGAGCAGGACCGUGCCAAAACUAGUAUCUUCGGAGAGGGAGAUCCGUUCCUGAAAGGCGUUUUCGGAGGUAUACAAAAAGGUCGCCGUGCCAUGUUCCAUGUCAAAGAGGAGCUACAGACCGAUAUUCCAGCUUCUAAAUCGCUGCUGGCGAGAUUGACUAAAGAUGAGAGGAAUGUCGCGUUUGCUGCUAGCUCUCUAAGGACAAAGUCGCUCGACAGGAACAUCGACGCCAAUGGCGACGAGGUCCGGAUGGAGAUCCGCAAUCGAAUCCGGAAACUUCGCCAGUCUCUUCUGGAAACAGACAAAGAGUUUAAGGAAGCUUGCGAAGCUGUCGAUAGCAUGAAGACAGCCCCUCGGCCUUCUGAGGCGUUUGAGAGACGUAUUACGGCGUCAGCAGAUGUCUUGCAGAAGAAUGCUAAGUUAACGCGGAUGAUGAUAUUUGGACUUCAAGCGCGCUGGGAGAGUGCAGCGGCAGAUCAGUCAGGGCAGAAGCUUAGGGAUCUUGCGCAUCGGCUGCUGGCUUUGCAAGACACACAACUCGCGCUGUUGAGGCUCGUCGGGCGAGCUAUGCAGGUUCUCGGUAUCAAGCCAAAGACGAUGGAAGAGACCAUAGUACAGGCUCCAGAGGACACCGCCGCCAAAACGUCAAGCCCCUCCGACGAGGCGUUAUCAUCUCCAAAAGAUACUGAAGGCGAGGCUGAACGCAGGCUUCGUGUCGCUGCCGCUAAUGAAAAGCUGGAAAACGAGAUCGAUGCACAGAAAGCCGCUAUGCGCGGGCUCUCCGACGACGGAUACUCUCGUUCACCGAAGCCUGUUACGAAGAAGCACUUCGAUGAACCCAACCCUUUGGCUCACAGCCCCUUCAGACCUUUCGGACUGCAGCUAGAGAGCUUGGGCAAGGAUGAUGAGGCAGCGAAGACGGAGUUGGAUGAAGCUGCUAGGAAGGCGAAAGAGGAUAAAGAAUUAGUGAGAGAGGUCAAGAGGGCAUACGAGGAUGUGUAUGGGCCGAUCACAGUCAAACACCGCCAGGUCCCGAGUGGUGAGCAAGUGCCAGAACAGGCGAAACCCGAAGCCGCGAAGUUAGUCACCGACGAGGCUAAUGCCACUGUUGAAGAAGUCAAGCGUGACAUGAUGCAACUUUUGAAGGAAGAUACGGUCUCGCCGGCCUUUUCUACACCGAAGACUCCAGCAGUCGCAUCUGAUAAUUCGUCGACAUCGAACGCAGAAUCCAAGCCAGAAGAUAUGGUUGCAGGGAGCCUCAAGAUCGCGCCGAAGGAACCCCCUCCUACCAACUCACGAGGGGAGCCCGCGGCAAUGCAUGAGGAUAAUGCUCCUGCUACUAGCGCUACCACCGAGGGCGAGCCUAAACCGCUCGAUAAGCCAAGUUCCGAGGCCUCCCUAAACAACGAGAAUACAGAUGCUAUCGACCCCUUUGACGAGUUCCCUCAACCCCAGCCCGGAGCCCUACUCCAUAUCUACACCUACGACCCUCAAACUGAAGAAAUCCUUAUUACAACCUCCAAAGUCGGCUCUAUGCCGACUCUCCCGCCCGCUAUCCCCGUCCACGAAGCUCUCGCCACUCUCUCCAACCCUUCAAAAUUCAUCCCCCAUCUGCAUCCUGGUUACGACAUCAUUAGCGCAAAACCAAACAUGCUCGUCCUUCGCCCCAACGGCGGCCCCCUUGACCUAGAUGGUUUCCACACCGUGCGUGUCCCUGCAUCCGGCGAGCCUGAGGCAAGGGAUGAGGGUUGGAAAGGCGGCAUUAAUCCGAUUGAUGGAACGACGACGCUAAGUCCGACGGGGUAUGUGGGAGAUGGGCUAGAACUGGAGAGGGACUUUCAGGAGAGGAGACGGGCGGCGGGGGAUGGUUGGAGGGUUGAGAGGGAUGCUGGCAGGAGUAGGGACAGGGGCAAGGAGAGGAAGGGUGGAGGAUUCGCGAGUGUGAUGAAGACGGGAAUUGUGGCGGCGGCGGGGUGCUACGUCGUUGGCGUCAUUGGCGAGCUCUUCAGUUGAGGAGUAGAGCACACACACACACGCACG